CUCUCGCCUCUUUAAAGCAUUAUCAAAUAUUUGUAAUCGAAACGUGCCUACAUUUGUCGCUUUAAUGAUGCAUCUGGUGCGUCCCUCGUCGGUCUCGUCGCGUGUUUCUCCGCGCAAACACACUUGAGUCACUCGAGGUGCUAUGGCGAAGUGGCAUUAGCCGCGUCGACGUGUUUUGCGCGGAAAUAUGCGGUCAGCGACGGGAUAGGCGAACAAUACGCUCAUCGUCGGACGGCUCCUCUCGUUUUGGCUAUGUCGUACUUGAUAAGCAAAGAAUGGGUUGCAUCAACAGCAGGGUAGAUAUUAACGAUCUGCAUCCGAACAUCUUUGAAGUUAUAAAUGUGGAUGAUGCGGGUAACUCAAUCGCUCCUGGACGACUGGAAGUUACUGAAGCAGAACUUAUACUGUAUCAACGUGGCAAGCAACCCAUCUCAUGGUCACUGCACUGCUUACGUCGGUAUGGCUACGAUGCCACUAUCUUCAGCUUUGAGUCAGGCAGACGUUGCUUAACUGGCCCUGCCAUAUAUGCCUUCAAGUGCCAGAGAGCUCAACAGUUGUUUAAUCUCGUACAGAGGAAUAUUCAGAUGUUCAGCAACAGUGGAGAUGACGCGCUGUCAGACCUCCCACUCGGCUAUCAUCCUGCUGCACCAUUAACCAGUACUAAUAGAACAUGCAGAAUGACAAUACCAGAAGAGCCUAAUUAUUUGGAUCCGACACCAACUAGAAAUAAUAACCGUCUGGGUCCUAGAUUUAACCAACAUAACGGUGUCGGUAGAUUGAGCAGCGUGGGCAGUAGCAGCGUCGGUCCCAUGUCACCCCAAGGGACCAUGGGACCACCCUCACCGCCCCCUAUGCCAUUACCGCCAUCGAUUCCGCAUACUCAUCCGUCCUCCCUUUAUAUCAACGAAGAGGUUUGGUCUAUCCCCGUGGAAGUGGAACGCAAUAAUAACAAGAACCUAGGCAACACAGUGCACAGAUCGCUCACUACCACGCCUGACAACAGCACGGCAACGGCCGACAACAGCACGGCAACGGCCGACAAUAGCACGGUAACAGCCGACAACGGUCUCAUGGAGACGGAAUUGAUAUCUAUUCAGAAUAACACGGAGGCCGCCAGCAACCAGGACGCGGCGUCGCAACCGUUGAUGGUGCCCUAUGUGAACAUAGAUAUCGGCGGCGAGACCAACUCUAUCGCGUCGACGCAAAAUAUCUCCGAGCCGGUCAAGGAGGAGAAUAACGACGCGGGUGGAUCCGAAUCCUCUUCCGAGCACGACUACAUGAACAUCGGUCCCAGACGGGAAUGCAUCGCAAACGCCGUCGCUAGAGUGCCGCCACCUCCGUUGCCCGUCUUACCCUUCUUACAGUCGGAGGCGGACGGGGAGGACGGCUCCAAGCACUACUACUCCAAUCUGGAUCCGAGCGAGAUAGAGAGCCUGCGGAACAGAUACUCCAGCGCCUCGGUAGCCGAGAAGUCGCCUCUGCUCCCGUCCACGCCGACCGGAUGCCCGAUCAGGGAGGUGAAUUACGCGAUCUUGGAUCUGGUGGACACGAAGGAAGUGCCCACGAUUAUCGAAACGUCUGAGAGCGCGACCACGAACCUGGCGCUACUGCCGCCGCAAUCUCCGAGCAAGGUGAAGAAAGGCUACGCCACUAUAGACUUCAACAAAACGGCCGCUCUCUUGAACUCCACCAAUCUCGUGAACGACAAUGAGGGCUCCAGAAAGACGCGUCAUAACUCCACGAUAAACGACCUGGCGGUACAGUACAAGCAUAACUUGUCAGUGAGUGAGUAACGUAUUUUAUACUUGUACGAUUACAUUCGUAGAACGACAGCGUCUCGCAUGAUCUACGCGGCGGAAAGGAAUGCGCAUUGAGAAGGAUCGAUUUCAGUUCGAUUUCCGUAUGUGUGUGAAUUUCUGGAACUCGUCAAAUCUUUUAGUUAGGUCCUCAAACCGUAUCUUAGCAUAUGUUGUAGUUGAAUACACCAUGAGAUAUUCUAACGUAUGGAUUUGUACACAUUCUGGUGCAUUUCUUAUCACACACGCGCGACACAGUAUUCGUAAAUAGUAAGUCUACUUUUCGGGAUGGAAUGAAGCGCAUAAAAAAAAUUUUUUAUACGACAAUUGUAUAGAUAAGUUUGUAGUACUCUUUAUGCAGAGAUUUUUUAUAUUUAGCAUUUUACAUAUUACGUGGAGGAAUUGGAAGCUAAAGUACCCUGAUCUUUUUUGCAAUUUAAUGUAGAAAUUAAUACGGCUCAAGUGAUUGUGACGGAUACAAGGUAUGGUGCAAUGUGAAGAAAGUAUGAACAAGUUAUCGAUCUGAUAACAUGAAUCAUAAUAUAGUGGCUAAUUUUAAGUGGUUGUCAUGAAUUAGUUAUUGUGUUAGAAAGAUAAUUGAUAUCGAAACAAAAAAAAGUGUAACUUUAAUAUGAAUACUUGUAUAACUGAGUAAUCACUUAAAGUGAGACCGUAGGUAGCACGUUCGUUUAAGUUUGGUGCGAACAAUUCGUAAUAUUAACGAACAACGUUAGAGCAGAUCUGAUGCAGGAAUGUAAGUUAUUGAGCUCCAAAGAUUAUACACAUUCUUGUUCAUAAUAAAUAUUUAUUAUCAUUUAUCUAAUGAGUAUCCCUGCAUAUAUAUGUCUGCAUUACAUAUAUACAUACAUGCAUACAUAUGUCAUGGUAUUAUUAAUGAUUCGAGCUGAAUUAGGCAGCUUUUUCUUCCAAUAGUUCUUUUAAUCAGCAGCUAAUGAAAUUGCAAUACAUCCAAGAUGUAAAUAUGCACCAAUAUUCUUUCUUAUGGAUAAGCGAGUAUGUUAUAUAUGUUAAGUUCAUAAUCGUGAAUCGUAGGAUAGUCUGAUAUCUCCCGGGUAACCUACACAUCAUGCGGCCUAUUCACAGACUACAUGUCUAGUGCGCGUCAUGUACCGCCAAAACAACAUGUAUCGAAAUCAAUUGUUCUUUGCUUCAAAUAAUCGUUAAUCGUUAUGGAAAAAUAGAUUUUAAUCCUUGGUUUGCACACGCGUUGAGACGCGAUGUAGUGAUCAAAGGUAAACAAAAAAAUACAUAUUUACGCGCAUUCUAUGUUAUUGAUAAUGUGUAUUUAGAAGAUAUAGAGACAGCUGAAUAGAAGUUUAUUUAUCAGUGAUAUCAAGAUAUCUUUCAUAACAUACACGCGUAUAUACGAUUACAUCUGUGGGCGUGUGUAAAGAAAUGUAGAAAACGUUGUCCACAUAUGUAUGCCAGUAUGUUAUUUCUUUGAUGUAGUUUGCAUUUCAGUUUUCGUUAGCGAAAACUCGAUCUGAGCCUGAUAUUAAAUUUAGCAUGGGCUAUUAAGUCGCAAGAACAGAUUAGAAUUGUAAGGAAGUUUCGUCAAGGCAAAGCCUAACUUUCUCACAAAAUGAACUUGUAUCGUUAGUAUAUAUUUUUGUGCGAACGUCACAUUAGAUACUAUAUAUCGUUUUUGUAAAAUCAAAAGUAGAAACGGAUUCUAUAUGUACGUCCUUAGAUUGUAAUUGGACUUUCCGCUUAUACUUUUGAUUCUAUAGAAUCUUUAAAUGUUUAUUACUUUUUGUCAAAAGUUUUUUUUUUUACGUUAUAGCGACGAUAAGCGAUAUUAGUUACUGUGAAAGUAACAUAUCUUUAAGAGGUGAUCAAAAAUACCAAAUUUUACUUAGACAUAUUAUAUAAUUAAUUUUACAUAUACGCACCUGUCUUCUUUUUGCGUUUCUCUGUACAUUUAUAAUAGAGAAGUGUACUGUGAAAACAUGCUACAUGUACACUUUUCAUAGUAUAAUUUUCUAUUAUAAAUGUACAUGUAACAUAUACAUUUUCCAUAAUAUAAUUCUUUAUUAUGAAAAAUGUUAUGUUAUUCAUGUUAAUAGAAGAAGCAUUCUUUCUGAAAAAGAGACAAAAAUUAAUCACGUUAUUGAAAAGAGAGUGACUCAAUUUUUCUGAAACAUUAACGAAACAUGGACGGAUGGCAUAUAUUAAUGUGAUAUAUAUUCGUGGAAUUCUAACAUUAAAUAUACACCACAAACUCACGUAUAGUCGUGGGCGGAAAAGUUGUCUGUAAUUUUUGGGGUAAGUUUGUGUACUUAUCCGUUUUCUCCAAUGAGCAAGAAUUCGUCUUUCAAUGGAAGAAUUCUCCCACUGGACAAAACGGAUGUAUUCCGAAACUUACACGAAAUAUAGCGGAUAAUCCUUCUGUUCACGAGCGUAUGUAUAUUUGCCAAAUUAAUGUAUUGUAAGGUCUCCAUCUCUCUCUUUAGUAGCCAUGUGUGCGAAAAGAAUGUAGGCCUAUAUACUUUGUAGUAAAUAUUGCACACACAAUACAUAGCGUAUAUAUGCCGUAUGUAUUAACGCGCAUAGCAUUCUUUGUUACAUAUCUAUGCCUUAAAAUUAAAAAAAUGAUUACAGAACGUACACGACGAAUAAUAAUGUGCAAUGUUUGGCAUAGAUAAAAUUUUGUUCUGUCUAUAUAUUAUUGCAAGUAUGAAAAAGGAAAGACAAAUUGGAUAUACUCGGCCUGUCGAUGAAUCUUUUCCUAAACUGUUAAAUAUGCUAAUCUCUUUUUUAUUCGCGUAUCGAUUCUUUAUAUUUUAUAUAUAUAUUACUACGAUAUAUCUCUUACCUUUGGCCUACAUGAUUCUAAAUGAAAUGGUCUCGACAGUGCUCAAUAUGUUAAAUAUGAAUGCAUAUUGUAAAAAUGUACAAUUAUAUAUCCAAAGAAUACGUUUCUUUUGUAAGAACAUACAUAGCUUUUAAGGUAUUUUAGUUAAAUUAGAUAAAACGUAAAAUUGGACUUCCUAUAAUAAUGAUAUUCUUAGAGUCAUUCGUCGAGCUUUACACGAGCAAUUUUGAUAACGCAGUCCAUACGUUUUUCCUUGUGCCAGGAUUAUCUUUUGUAACUGAUGAUUUAGUGAUGAUACAGUUAAGGAUUUUUGAAAGUUUAGGAACACACAUACUAACUAUAAACUGUUGUAAUAAAAAAAAAUGUUACACAAAAGAGGAGGAUGUGUGUGCGAUCGAGCGCUUCCUACGAGAUUGUAGAACGUGUGAAUCAGUUUUCGCGAAUACGAGUAAAACGUGCCAAAAAAAAAGAUAAAAGAGGAAAAAGUAACGUUCUGAAGUUCUGAGCUAUGAGUUUAGAUUUUUGUGCUAACCGCGCGAGCGUGCAAAAUGAAUAUGCAAUACAGAAACAGUCUGCACUAUCAUAUAUAUAUCGUAUACAUCGAAACGUGUGUAUAAACGUAUGUGUAUCAUAUAUGUACAUACAUAUAUAUAUAUAUAUAUAUAUAUAUAUAUAUAUAUAUAUGUAUGUGUGUGUAUAUGUAUAUAUAUCGUAUCAUACGCGUAUACUCUAGUUAUGUGUAAUACCCUAAGAGCUUCUUAUUAAGUAGACCACGAGAAAUGGAAACGUGUCUCAGCGUUCAUUCGUAUGACAGUAUUAUGUAUGCGCCCGGCACGUGCGUAUUUUCCGAUUCUUCCCUUUGAAUUUCAUGCAACCAUCGAUAGAAGUCUUCAGAAUUUGUUAGAAAUACUAACGCUUUACGUUAGACGUUAACACUAUUUUAAAUAUUACACGAGCUGACAUUUUUACGCGUAUCCCCGUUUUGGUGGAGAUUUCCCCGAAUUUUUUAUAUAUGACUGCGAUGCAAUGAGUUCUAAAUCGACUGCGCGGCACCAAUUUGGAAAAAAAAGAAAAAUUCUCGAUGGCUGUUGCGAUGAAUAUUGUGUUGCAAUUGAUGUGCCGUUUGUAAGGCAAACAUCAAUGUUAUCGCGAAGCAUGCUUACGAUUUUUUUUAUGUUAUUAAUCGAUAAUCCCAUAAUGGGCAGACUAGAAAGCUUAUAUGAAAGAUAGGGAGACGUAUUUAUUUUUAUACUGUGUCUUCUCGAUGUUGAAAAACAAGCAGAAUGUAGUGAAUCGCAUCAUGUACAUUAUACGAUCGUUAUAUAUUUAUUUCGUAAUUCUAAAAACACAGCCUUUCAGAUAUGUCAUCUGAGAGUUUGAAAGAAAUCAUCAGAAUUCCGUUUACGGCAUAGUUGUACAUAAUAUAGAUGCCACAAAAGUAUGCUCCCGAUUUAUUCCGUUUUCAGUUCAUUUCAGGUCAUGGAUUUAUAAAAUAUACAAUAAUGUUAUGAGAA